UGGGUCAUGAAACUUAGUCCACAACAUGCUCCAUUAUAUGGUGAUUGUGUUGUUACAGUAUUGCUCACGGAAGAGGACAAAGUUGAAGAUGAUGUAGUUUUUUACUUAGUAUUUUCGGGUUCUACCCUUCAUCAUUGCACUAGCACUCGGAAGAUCAGUUCUGAUACGUUAGAAACCAUUGCUCCUGGCCACGACUGCUGUGAGACGGUGAAGGUGCUGCUCUGUGCUUCCAAAGAGGGGCUGCCUGUGUUUGUUGUGGCUCAGGAAGACUUCCAUUUCAUCCAAGACGAGGCCUAUGACGCGGCCCAGUUCCUGGCGACUUGCGCUGGAAACCAGCAGGCCCUGAACUUCACCCGCUUUCUUGAUCGGUCUGGCCCUCCCUCUGGGGAUGUGAAUUCCCUAGAUGAGAAGGUAGCGCUGGCGUUCAGACACCUGAAGCUGCCAGCAGAGUGGAAUGUGCUGGGGGCAGAUCAGACUUUGCAUGAUGGCGUCCCACGGGAGACUCUGAUGCACUUUGCUGUGCGGCUGGGACUGCUGAGGUUGACAUGGUUCCUGUUACAGAAGCCAGGUGGCCGGGGAGCUCUCAGCAUACACAACCAGGAAGGGGCGACGCCUGUGAGCCUGGCCUUGGAGCGGGGUUACCACAAGCUGCACCAGCUUCUUAUCCAGGAGAAUGCUGGAGAACCGGAAUCCUGGAGCAGUCUGUCCCAUGAAAUACCCUAUGGAGACUGUUCUGUGAGACAUCAUCGAGAGUUGGACAUCUAUACAUUAACCUCUGAUUCUCAGUCACAGCAUGAACCCCAGUUUACUGGAGACACUUGCACUGGGCAUGUUUUCAAACUUAGGAACAUCCAGCAGCAGCUAAUGAAAACAAACCUUAAGCAGAUGGACAACCUUUCGCCCUUAAGGGUUACAGCACAGGAUCCGUCAAGUGCCUCAAAUAUACAUGGCCUUUCUCCUCCCUGUUCACCAGAGACUAUGGACAGCCAACAGUGCCCUCCCCCUAAUAAAGAUACCGGUGACCAUGCACCCUGCCAAAGGAGCCCUGCCAAGGGGUGGAUCGAAAGUUCUGAUGGUUUGUCAAGCAUAGUUAAGGAAGAGAACACAGAUUGUUCCUGUAAGGAGAAAAAUAAAGGCGUGGAGAGAGAAGGGGAAGAGGUGGAGCCAGUACCCAUUGUGGACUCUGGAACUGUAUCUGAUCCAGACAGCUGCCUUAAGAGCAUUCCUGACUCUGGGGAAAAGGAUAUGGAAGGCUGUCCCGCCCCGGGAGACAGAACUGAAGAAACUGGAACCAGCGCUCCUGGAAUCAGUGCAGACCAGGAGUCUCUGAGCAGUGGAGGUGAGCUGGUCGUCUGUUCAGCACCAGUUGCCACUUUCCCAGAGACUGUCAGGGAAACCGAACAUGGGCUCAUGAACCUAGAUACCACCUUGCGUGAGACUGUGCUUGAGGCAGGGGAAAGCACACAGGAAAGAACUGAGGACUUUAACACCAGUCCAGCUGCGGCUUCUGAUGUAAAAGUCACAAGUAAGCCUGUGGAUAAAGCUAGUGUUUCAAACUGUGUCUCUGCCUCCAGUUCCCCAGAUGGUGAUGAAACUGCUGAGUCUGUACAUAACCAUAGAGAAACCUCCAUUGAAAAAACUGCAGAAACAGAAACUUCAAGAAGUUACGAAGAGAAUGCUGAUCAGACCUCUCCGGUAAUUCCAGCUGCUACAGAAGGCAAGAUAUUAGAUGGGUCAGAUCCUAACCUUCCCCUUGCAAGAAUGUCAUCCUCUGAUUUAACUUUUCCCGGACCUGAUAAAGAUGUAAUGCCAAGCCGGAAGCCAGAAACAAAGUCACCUCAUGUUCAGUGUCCGAUCAGCAAUUCACCUAUCUAUUCUGCAACUGGAGGUGAUCAAAGUUGUGCUGACUCGGCAGGUCAACUGAACACGGUGAUUUCUAAUGGAGAGUUGACAAAACCUUAUGACAUACUUGCCCAGCCUGAAGACAUCGUAACAGGGCAGCCCAUCACACAAGCUCCACCCUCUCCAGCCCUCCCUGAAGACGCGCAGGCCAGCACUGUCUUCUCUGAGUCUGUACAAGAUGACUCUGUCCAGGCACAUGUCGGCCUCUGCCUUUGUGAAGUUAUAGAUGAAGCAGGCCAGGGAGAAGGGCUGAAUCUGGAAACUCCUUUAACAAACGUAAGUGAAGUGGUUUCACCUCCACAGCCACCUGUCCCCAAAGCCGAGAAAGAACCAGUGUCAGGCCAGGCAGCGACACCAGACAGCCCUUUCUCUCUGGCAAGCAAGCCAGGCCGUGAAUCAGUAACCAAAGAUGACGCACUUACUGCUGUCCCCUCCCAGAAAGGAAAAGGAACAGCAACUCCCGAACGACAGCAGUCUUCAGAUUGUAAAGAUGACCCAGGCGGAGAGUCAAGUGAUCCCAUUAAGCACCCACUAGAAGACAGUUCCGCUGCCCAGACGGCGUUCUUUCCUGCUACAGAGCUCCAGCCCAGCAUGGGGAAUGCCAGUCCCGGGGGACCUGAGGAACCGCAUGAAGGCCCCUGCCCCUCAGCCACCCCAGAAGUGCUGAGAAUCAAGGCAUUGGAUACUGAGUCUUCCCGACUGAGUGUGAGUGAGGCCACUGCGGCAGUUGGUUCAGUUUUGCAUGGAGAAGAGAAAGAUCUGGUGGUCCCUGAAAGUUCUGCAGCUCAGGGACAAGACGACACAGACAACGCCGUGAUUUCUCCCUUGGUCAAAGAAGACGCUCUUUCUUCAGGAGCAUUACAGGAAGAGCAGGGAACACCACCUCCUGGGCAGGAAGCCUUGGGGCUCUGUGAAGAAGCUGGUUCAGCCGCCUUUGCUGAGGGCACUGCACUUGAACACAGUCGUUCUCUGGGCACACCCUCUGCCUCUCUUAAGGCAGAAACUGAACAUAACAAGGAAGUGGCCCCACAAGGCUCACUGCUGACUGAAGUUGGAACUGGACAGAGAUUGGUGCCACCAGGAGCAAGUCUGACUGCAGAUUCCAGACAGGAAGCCGUGAACCCAGAGCAGAGCAGCCCGCCUCUGUCCGCAGGUCUAGUGCCAGAUGCCUCUGGGGUUCUUCACCACAAUCAGCCUUUUGAGGAGGAUGCUGGCGUGGAGAACACGCAUUCCCAGGGUGGAACUGCUGCUUGUGAGGUGAGUGGCGAUGCGACAUUGGACGUUGCCGUGGUUGGUGCUGGUGGGGUCAGAAGAAAGGAGUUAUCCCACAACACUCACAGCAUCUUGUUGAGCCAGGAGGAGAGGAUGGUCCCAAGCCUGCCAGGAGCUUUCUCAGACAAAGGAGUGAGUGACCUGCAGGUAGCUGCAACCCCAGAGGAGCUACCAGUCGACAGGGAGCAAGGGAUGCUGCAGAGAGCACACCACAGCUGCACCACAGACAACCCCCAGGAGGCACAGAUGGAUGGUGAAGCCAGUCAUGGCCUCCUGCCGUCGAAUGCCGAUGAGCUCCCUACAGAGACAGGACUCUCAGCUGCUGGAGAUAGGGCCCUGCCGGGCGUGACAGAUGUCAGGCCAUGCAGGGAAAGCAGUGUCCCUGAUCUGCUCAGCACUGUGUCUUCCAACGCGGAGGAUCUGCCCAAGUGCGCAGACGUGAUAGAGGAGGCUGCAAGUCGAAUAGUGGAUGCCGUCAUCGAGUGCAUCAAGGCCUCGGGAGCGCUGGUCACCGACAGCGAAGUCAGUCCUGAGUCAGGCCUUGUGGCUGAACAACCCAAGGAUGUUUCUGCUGAGAAAGUGAGUGCCUGCCUGCCAGAAGGGGGUUCUGCUGAAAAAGAGGAGACAGAGAAAAGUCUUCUGCCUGACCAAGGACCUGAACUGGCAGCGGACAUGCCGGACGUGAAAGCUGAAGACGAAGUGGAUUUUUUGAGUAAUUCCAAAGAGAGUUCAGUUUCCGAAGAGGUGGCCCGCGGGCACAUAGCUACGCCUGCAAAGAAACCAAGCCCGAGGACCCAGGUGAUCAAUCAAGAAAGCUGGUGUGCAAUAGACCCAUGCCCUGAAGCAGCAUCUCUUUUGGCUUCUAAGCAGAGCCCAGAAUGCGAGAACUUCCUAGAUGUUGGGCUGGGCAGACAGUGUACCUCAUCACCAGGUGGCCUGAAACGAGAAUCUGUGAGCGAUUCGGACCUCUUCCACUCCCCCAGCGAUGAGAUGGAUAGCAUCCUCUUCUCAAAGCCUGAGGAGGAACAGUCGGUCUGUGAUAUCACUGGAUCUAGUUCUUCCACUGAUGACACAGCUUCCCUGGAUCGACAUUCUUCACAUGGCAGUGAUGUGUCCCUCCCUCCGAUUUCAAAUUUGAACAAGUCCAAGGAUCCACCAAGCCUGGAUGGCUUCUAUGGCCAUGGGACGAGAGCUGUGCGGCAAGAGAGCGUGCCUGCUGACCCAGGAGAAGUGGACGAGGAAGAGAUGGAUAGCAUCACCGAGGUGCCUGCACACUGCUCUGUUCUGAGGGGCUCUAUGCGGUCUCUGUCUCCUUUCCGGAGGCACAGCUGGGGUCCCGGGAAGAAUGCAGCCAGCGAUGCAGAAAUGAACCAGCGGAGUUCAAUGCGAGUUCUUGGGGAUGUUGUCAGGAGACCUCCCAUUCAUAGGAGAAGUAUGAGCUGGUGUCCCUCUGGUGUGCAGUUCCCUGCUGCCCUGAGUGCCGACUUUUCUUACAGAAGUUUCAGCCUGGAAGGCCUGACAGGUGGAACUGGGGUCAGAAGUAAGCCACCCUCAUCCCUGGAAGCAAACUCUGCAAACACCAAGCCCUUCAGUGGUGACGAGCGCGGUGACUCGCUAGUGUCACUUUCCGAAGAGGAUCUGGAGUCUGGCCAGAGAGAACAUCGGAUGUUUGACCAUCAGACAAGUCACAGAUCCAAACAACAGGGAUUUAAUUACUGCACAUCAGCCAUUUCCUCUCCCUUGACCAAAUCCAUCUCAUUAAUGACUAUCAGCCACCCUGGACUGGACACUCCACAGCAGACGCAGCAGGCAAGGCGGAUCUCCUUCUCCAUCAGCAUCUCUCCGCUCCUCCUAAAGCCUAAAACUCUCUUUUCUCUUGGCUCUUCUUAUUCCAGUGAGGAGGAGGAGGAGUUGCAUAAUACUCGACUGUUCCACAACACCAGUGCUAACCUGACUGAAAGUAUAACUGAAGAAAACUACCAUUUACUGCCACAAAGCCCUUCCAAGAAAGAUUUUGAAGGAAAAAGUGGAACAAAAGUCAGCCGUACCUUCAGCUACAUCAAGAAUAAAAUGUCCAGCAGUAAGAAGAGCAAAGAAAAGGAGAAAGAGAAAGAUAAGAUUAAGGAGAAGGAAAAAGAUUCCAAAGAGAAGGAGAAGGACAAGAAGACCAUCAAUGGACACACCUUCAGUCCCAUUCCUGUUGUGGGUCCCAUCAACUGCAGCCACUGCCUAAAGCCUUUCACCAACAAGGAUGCCUACACUUGUGCAAAUUGCGGGGCUUUUGUCCACAAAGGCUGUAGAGAAAGUCUGGCCUCCUGUGCAAAGGUCAAAAUGAAGCAGCCCAAAGGGAGCCUUCAGGCACACGACACGUCCUCGCUGCCCACAGUCAUCAUGAGGAACAAGUCCUCCCAGCCCAAGGAGCGCCCUCGCUCAGCAGUCCUCCUGGCUGACGAAGCCACCACCGCACCCAUGUUUGCCAACAGGCGGUCCCAGCAGAGUGUCACACUUUCCAAAAGUGUCUCCAUACAGAAUAUCGCUGGAGUUGGCAACGAUGAGAGCAUGGCAAACACUUGGAAAUUCCUGUCGCAUUCAACAGACUCACUCAAUAAAAUCAGCAAGGUCAACGAGUCGACAGAGUCACUGACCGAUGAGGGAGUAGGUACAGACAUGAACGAGGGACAGCUCAUGGGAGACUUUGAAGUUGACUCCAAACAGCUGGAAGCAGAGUCCUGGAGUUGCAUUGUGGACGGCAAAUUCCUGAAACAGCAAAAGAAGGAUGCGAUCAAACGGCAAGAAGUGAUUUAUGAGCUGAUGCAGACAGAGUUCCACCACAUCCGCACACUCAAGAUCAUGAGCGACGUGUACAGCCGGGGCAUGAUGACCGACCUGCUCUUCGAGCAGCAGAUGGUGGAGAAGCUGUUCCCCUGCCUGGACGAGCUGAUCAGCAUCCACAGCCAGUUCUUCCAGAGGAUCCUGGAGCGGAAGAAGGAGUCUCUGGUGGAUAAAAGUGAGAAGAACUUUCUCAUCAGGAAAAUGGGUGACGUGCUUGUCAACCAGUUUUCCGGUGAGAAUGCAGAGCGCUUAGUGAAGACCUACGGCAAGUUCUGCGGGCAGCACAACCAGUCUGUAAACUACUUCAAAGACCUGUACACCAAGGACAAGCGUUUCCAGGCCUUCGUCAAGAAGAAGAUGAGCAGCUCUGUAGUAAGGAGGCUUGGAAUUCCAGAGUGCAUACUGCUUGUAACCCAGCGCAUCACUAAGUACCCAGUUUUAUUCCAAAGAAUAUUACAGUACACCAAAGACAAUGAGGCAGAGCAGGAGGAUGUAGCCCGGUCCUUGAGCCUGGUGAAGGGCGUGAUUGGAGCUGUCGACAGCAGGGUGGCAAGUUAUGAAAAGAAAGUGCGUCUCCAUGAAAUUUACACGAAGACGGACAGCAAGUCGAUCAUGAGGAUGAAGAGCGGUCAGAUGUUUGCCAAGGAGGAUUUGAAACGGAAGAAGCUUGUGCGGGAUGGGAGCGUGUUUCUAAAGAGUUCAGCAGGAAGGCUGAAAGAGGUUCAAGCAGUUCUGCUCACUGACAUCUUGGUGUUCCUGCAAGAAAAAGACCAGAAAUAUGUCUUUGCCUCAUUGGACCAGAAAUCCACAGUGAUCUCUUUGAAGAAGCUGAUCGUCAGGGAAGUGGCGCACGAGGAGAAGGGCUUGUUCCUGAUCAGCAUGGGCAUGAAAGACCCCGAGAUGGUGGAAGUCCAUGCCAGCUCCAAGGAGGAGCGCAACAGCUGGAUCCACAGCAUCCAGGACACGAUAAACACGUUGAACCGGGAUGAAGACGAAGGGAUCCCGAGUGAGAAUGAGGAAGAAAAGAAACUGUUGGACAUGAAAGCCCGGGAAUUAAAAGAACAACUUCAACAGAAGGACCAACAGAUCCUACACUUGCUGGAAGAGAAGGAGCUGAUUUUCCGGGACAUGACGGAGUGCAGCACACCGCUGCCUGAGGAUUGCUCCCCAGCCCACAGCCCCAGGGUCCUCUUCCGCUCCAGCACCGAGGAGGCUCUCAAAGGAGGCCCUUUAAUGAGAAGUGCAAUCAAUGAGGUGGAGAUCCUGCAGGGCUUAGUGAGCGGAAGCCUCGGAGGCGCCCUGGGGCCAGCCGCCGGCAGCCCAGCCGAGCAAGACUGCACUGUCGGCCCUGUGUCCUUGCCGCGGAGAGCAGAGACCUUUGGAGGGUUUGACAGCCAUCAGAUGAAUUCUGCGAAAGGAGGUGAGAAGGAAGAGGGAGACGACGGCCAGGACCUCAGAAGGACGGAAUCAGACAGUGGACUGAAGAAGGGGGCUAAUGCUAACCUGGGCUUCCUGCUUAAAGGAAACAGUGAGGUCAUCCAGAGCAUUGUUAACCUCCACCAACUUCUUAGCACUCUACAGGGGGUGGUGUUACAGCAGGACAGCUACAUUGAGGACCAGAAGCUGAUGCUAAAUGAGCGAGCACUCACGCGGAGCUCCUCCCGCCCCAGCUCCCUCAUUGAGCAGGAGAAGCAGCGCAGCCUGGAGAAGCAGCGGCAGGACCUGGCCAACCUGCAGAAGCAGCAGGCCCAGCACUUGGAGGAGAAGCGGCGGCGCGAGCGAGAGUGGGAGGCGCGGGAGAGGGAGCUGCAGGAACGUGAGGCCCGGCUGGUGCAGCGGGAGGAGAAGGUGCAGCAUGGGCAGCAGGACUUGGAGAGGGAGCGGGAGGAGCUCCAGCAGAAGAAGGGCACGUACCAGCAUGACCUGGAACGGCUGCGUGCUGCCCAGAAGCAGCUGGAGCGAGAGCAGGAGCAGCUGAGGAGAGAUGCUGAGCGCCUGAGCCAACAGGUCCCCCUCCAGCACCAGAAGGUGAUGAAGAUUCCGUCGUUCUGUGCCAGCGCCGAGGAGCCCCCGCUGACCUCCACACAUCCACUGCCAAAGUCAGGGCUACUGGACUCGGAACCCACAGUGUCCCCCAAAAGGAACAGCAUCUCUCGGACACACAAAGACAAGGGACCUUUUCACAUACUGAGUUCCGCAAGCCAGACAAGCAAAAUGCCGGAGGGACCCAGCCCGGCCCCUGCACCCGCCUCCACCUCCACCUCCAGCCGCCUGUUCGGACUGUCAAAGCCGAAGGAGAAGAAAGAGAAGAAGAAGAGGAGCAAAGGCAGCCGCGCGCAGCCUGAUGGCCCUGCCUCUGCAGUUCCAGCCGAGGGAGAAGAGAUCUUCUGCUGACCCACCUCCUCUCCACUGAGGCCACUGCCUCCUGAUCCACGCACCACCAUCCUGCCCCCCCUCCGCUGCCUGUGUAAGCGCCUGACCACCAGCAGCAGAGCCUCCUGAGCUGCCCGGCUCCUGCUGGGAAGGAGCGAGUGUCUGCAGGCCCUGCUGGCACACUGGGCCGGGCUGUGCUUUGGCCAUGAAUUGUGACCGCUGUGGCCCCACAGGUUGGAGCUGGCCCUGUUAAGGUUGUCACACUGCCAGCAGUGAAGCACCCCCAGCUUGCCUGUGAUGGUUUUGAAUACGCCAGGAAUCUCUGACCCAAAAGUCUCCCAAAAUACCACUUAGUGAGGUCCAAGCCCGGUGCGCUCUGUCGCCACGGGGACCCAGCUCUGUCCCAGCAGCAGAGUCAGGGCUCCUUUUGUUCAUGUACAGUGAGUGACCCAUUUGCUUAUCCACGAGGGAGACCUGACAGGCAGUCUGGCUAGCUCUGCUCAGCCCCCGGGGAUGUCUGGCCCUGGCCAGCGAGCAUGUGGACGGUCGUGGCUAGUUCUCAGCGGUUCCCCCCUUCAGCAUGUGUUGGCCGCCGCAUGGCAGAGGUGACAACAAGCAUGUGAGAGCCACUAAGACAAGACUCGGUGUGAGAAGCACAUGAUCAGCACCACCUUGACCUUAGAGUCUGGAGGCAUUUAAAAAAAGAAACAGAAGGAAGAGAAAGUAUUUAAUUUCAUCGUCAAAUCCAGAAGAAAUCAUUCUGACUUUUAAAGACUUCCCACAUGGUCUGGGCGCAUGGGAGGUAGAGAGACUGUCUUGCCAUUAGCCCUUUGGUAUGACACUUUUUGGUUGUCACCCUUCAGAAGUGGCCAGGGCCUUUGGCAUUCUUCUGAGCCCCAGCACACAUGCCAUUGUCACACACCCACUCUGGUUCCCUUGGGCCUGGCAGGACCAGGCAGGCACUGCACUCUGAGGCGUCUGCAGUCCCGCCCCUACGCCAGGAUGCCUGGCCACGAGGUGGGUCUGCUUAUAGGUGUCCACCAGUACAGACCAAGAGAGGAACUGGCCAGAAAAGGCCCCACUGUACUUCAGGAGGCUGCGACAAAAAUUGGUUUCUUCAAAAGAAAACACGCUGAAGGCCCACAGUUCUUAGUUGUACCCUGCCCCACUAAAGAUGCCGGGAAUGCUGCCUUCCGUCUUGUCUCCUGUUGCUCUGCUGCCUCUCUGCUCCCUCUUCCCACUGUGCUCUGGGGUUUGUUGGCUGUGGACCCCUCGCCGGCUGACUGUGCAGGCCAGUUGCGUCCCUGGUGAAGAGCAGUGGCCCCGGGAGCCCUUCUUGCCACCCAGCUUCAGCUCGCCAGACCCCGGGGACAUCCUGGGAGGUUGUGUGCUUCAGCUGUUGGCUUCUGGGUCCUGUAUCCUGCCCCACAGGCGCACGGGGCCUUGGACCAGAAUUCUGAACAAAAUCAGCCAGAUCUGUAACCUGGUGCUUAUGGGUGAAUUGCAAGCUGGCCUUGCAGACAGAGAUAUUUAUCUUGCAGUUUAUUCGAGAGAGGUCUCAUUUUAAAAUGUUAGCUUAGGUUGUUUUAUUUAUUUCACGUGUGUAUUGUUUUCAGGAUGAGCAUCCCAACCCAACGGUUUAGACCAUCUGAUCAGUGCAGAUGUGUCGGCAUCACAGCAAGCACCUCUUUCCACGUGCCUUCCAGGCCCCGAUGCCCCAUGUCCUUCCCUGCUCCCACCACCUCGUUCUGUAGUCAGGGGGUGCCUCCUGCCUGGUCGGAGACAUCUGCUGACGCGUGUCCCAGUGUUUUCAAAGCCAGUGGAUUCUCUCUGGGAACCAGGAUCCAUUCACUCCCCACCCCACCCAAGGCCCUAAGCCACAUAAGGUGAAGCUGCCCCAUCCACCUCUUUCCGAAAGCCACAUAAGGUGAAGCUGCCCCAUCCACCUCUUUCCGAAAGCCAGCCCUGCCAGGGCUCCCCUGCUCUGCCCCCAAGCCCAGCUCUGGGCUUUUCUCUGCCCCACAUCCCCCUGAAGGGCAGGGCCGGGGAUUCUUGUCCCCUUGUCAGGAGAGCUGCAGGAAGAGUAGGACCCCCGGCCUGGGCCGCCUUCCUCCUCCCUGCAGAGAUGUGGGCCGGCCAGCCCAACCUGUAGGGUGGAUUCUGAAGUGUCCCAAUUGGCCCACGUGUAGCUUAGAGUAGUUUAUAACUGGAUGUGUGCGUGCCCCCCCACCCCCCAACAGUCACCCAGUUUGGUCAGAUUCUGAUAUGAUAGACAGGGCUGCGAACCACGCCACCCCAGCUGCAUCUAAGCCUGGAGGCUGUGGGGCUGACUGCUCCCAGCACCCCCACCUCCCUGGGUCUGGGCCUGUGCCAGGGGGCUUCACAAAGUUCCAGGAUCUUCUCAUCCCGUUUUCAUCCAGGGAUUGUUGCUGCUUUCACUGCUUGUGACCUUGAGACCUGGGUGUCUCUCUCCCCCAUCCCCUCCCCCUCCUGUGAGAAGGGCGCUUUCUUGGUGGGGACUCAGAUCCAGGUCCAGGUGCCUUCUCCCUGCUGGGAGCCAGGUGUCUCCCAACUUGGAUUGUGCUUCUGUUCUGGAGGGCAUUUGUCAGCAUUCUUUGGAGAGAGCCCCCUGGAGAGACCCACACACCCCCCCAGAAGGGUUUAGGCCUCUGCUCUCAGACCCUCUUGGGCCCACCCACGGGCCCCAGGGCAGGAUGGGCGGCCCCACGCACUUUAGCUGCUCUCACUGCUGGCUUUGUAGGAGACAAUCAAAUAAGGAGCUUUUCUUCUCUGAAACGCAGAGGGUGAGCGAGUCAAUUGCCAUAGAUCUUCCGGCCUCUGCCAACAUUGCUUCCCCGUGAGAGCUCUUUGUAGGCAAGAAAUCGCUAGUGAGCUUUUGUUUUACUUUGUUUUUAAGGUACAAACCCCACACCCCACCCCUCCAUGUCUCAGGGUGAUUCCACUAAAUGUCAUCCCUUGGCGCGUUUUCUCUUCGGGUGGUUGGUACCUUUCUUGGUGGGGUGGAUGUAAGGGACUAAGCCUUCCUUAAAUGAAGGCGAGAACCUGCACCUGACCAGUAAGAACUGAACCCAGAAGCUGCUGUCAAUCAAAGUGCUUUGUACACUUAGCUGUAAGGCUACUCCCCGCCCCCUACGUGCUCUCUCAUCCCAGUAUUUAAGGUUUAUAUGUAAACACCCUCUGACUCUGAACUGUGGCCCCUCUCAGCCUCAAGGGCCAGGCCUUCCUGGACAGUGGGGUCCAUGGCCGUAAAGAGGGUGCCCUGGAGGUGACAGUGGACAGUGCAAAAGCAUUUCCGCCCUGCCUGCGCAGGUCCCAUGAAGCGGGAAGUCAGAGCAGUGGUGACCCCUGGCAGAAGAGCUUGCACCCCACUGCCUUCCAGCAUGGCCACGUCUGCCAAGGCCCCCGGCCCGAUCCAGCCUUGCACUGACUUAUCCUCAGAGACAGCAAGGCAAAGGGUUUGCUGUGGUUUGGGUCUUAAUAUUUCUCUCUUUCAGUGUAGCAUAACAUUCCUAGUUAUCCAGAGUUUUGGAAUCUACUGCCUGCUGGCCAGGUUUCUCAAAUGAAAAGUAUUUUAAUGCUGCCAUGCAAGGAGGGAAGGGGGACGAGGAGAAAACAGAGGCAUCUUUCCACGAACUUCUCUCAUUUAACUUGUCAAAAGGUUGACAGACAGCCCAUGAAUUAUUUCCCUGUCACACCACGAUCUAAAGAUGGGCAAACCCCACUGGCUAAGAGCUUUCCUGUACAUUGCAGCCUGUUCUGCAGCCCAGCCUGUGCUGUGAAGUCCUGGCCACCGGACUUGUAGCAAACGGGAAGGCAGCUGCCUCUCCCUGGCUCAUGCAGGAGACCGGCCCGUCCACUUCCCAUCUUCACCCAGCUAGCCUUCCCGUGGCUUCGUAGCCUCCCUUCUGGAAUGGGCAACAUGUAAGCACCAGCCAGGACCCGUUACGUGAUUUGCCUGUGGAUACAGUUCAGCCUUGUGGUUUCCUAUGUUUAAGUCACCCGUGUGGGGUGCACUUGUCCUACGGCGCUAGGACCUGCAGGAGGGUAAUUAUAAUACACCUCAUACCUCUGCUUUCAUUUCUUGGUGUUCAAAUGCUAUGUGAGCAUUUCCGUGCUAAAUUCUAUUAAAGAAAAGGAUGGGUCAAAACCCACAUGCUGUAUAUUAAUUUGUAAUUAUGUACAAAGUGAAGCAGUUUUAAACUAAAGAUGGUGGGUUGUUUUGGGUUUUUUUUUCAGUGUGUUUCCUGGAAUUUUGGCACAACAUACUGGAUUUGUAUUUUAUUUAUCUUCCUUUUUAGUUAUCAGCUUCAAACUCUUGUAAAGUGCCCCUCAGCCCUUACAAAAUAAAUUUCCUCUGAGUCCUAA